AUGGGUGCAGCUGAAGCAACUAAACUUGAUGAUCAAUACAAUGAUAUGGAACGGAAAGUGGAUCUGACUUAUGAAUUAAUAAGCGCGUUGAUCGCUGGAACUCAUGAACUACUACAGCCUAAUCCAGCGACUCGAGCGAAAAUGGCUACAAUGGGAGCUCUGUCUAGGGUACGCGGGACAUCUAAGGCUCAGCCAUAUCCACAAACUGAAGGUCUUCUAGCAGAUACAAUGCAAAAGUAUGGAACAUCUCUAGGAACAGAUUCUGAUCUUGGCAAAGCUUUAAUUGAUGCUUCCGAAGCUUAUCGUCAACUGGCUGAUAUUAAAUACCAAAUGGAAGAUAAUGUAAAACAUAAUUUCUUAGAUCCUCUGGCACACCUUCAACAAACGGAAAUAAAAGAAGUUAAUCAUCACCGAACGAAAUUAAAAGGACGACGUCUUGAUUAUGAUUGUAAAAAACGAAAGCAAACAAGAGAUGAAGAGUUAAUUCAAGCUGAAGACAAGUUGGAAGAAUCAAAACAGUUGUCGGAGCAAGCCAUGUAUAAUCUGUUGAGUAAUGAUAUUGAACAAGUGACGCAGCUUUGUGCUUUGAUUGAUGCACAGCUAGAUUUUCAUCGGCAAACCACUCAAGUAUUGGAACGUUUAAAGACGCAGCUGAUGGAACGUGUUGCGGAAGCAAGUACCAGACCCCGAGUGCAACAUGUGAUCAAGCCUGUUCUACCAGAUAGAGUACCCAGUAUUCGAUCAUCGGUGCAUAUUGAAAAUUCGACGUCAAUUAAUAAUGCCAACUUUCAACCGUCUGCGUCUUCCAUGUAUCCACAAAAGUUACAAACCGAAGAUGGUGACUGGGGUUCAAAUGCAUUGAAAUCUCUCAACUCAAAUACUAAUCUUACUGGUCCUGAUGGACCACCUCCUUCUGCACCACCUGCUCGCAAAGCAUCAUGUCGAGCUUUAUAUGAUUUUGAAGCACAGAAUGAGGGUGAAUUGGAAUUCAAGGAGGGUGAUGUUAUCGAGUUGAUCUCACAAAUUGAUGAAAAUUGGUAUGAGGGUUCACUAUCAGGCAGAACUGGUUAUUUCCCGAUCUCUUACGUCCAAGUACUUGUGCCAUUAUAA